UGGUUCUGCCGCCUACCCCCUCUCCUGCCGAGCAGCAAACACAAGGCCCCCGGACAAAUCCCCUUCGAACCUUCGGCGUCUUACCCCAGCCCGACCCCCAACACCGCCAGGAUGGUGACCAUCACGAACCUCGUACUGACCAGCAUCCUCGCCGGACUAGGCCUUGGCUCGGCCCUACCCCCGAAAAUCGGCGCCACCAAUAUCGGCCAUGGGAACGGCAGAGCCACUCUUAACCAAGUUCCCCGCCCGAACUACCGCUUCAAUGGCGCCCGACAAGUGUACAGAACGUAUCUGAAAUACGGUGUCCCGGCGCCCGACGACCUCGUCAGGGCCGUAGCCCACACUGAUGCGCUUAAUGCUGCCGCGGUGAAACGCGACACUGGCAGCGCCGCAGCAACGCCGAUCGACCCGAGGUUUGACAUUGCAUACGUGACCCCCGUCACCAUUGGAACCCCUCCUCAGACGCUCCAGCUCGACCUUGACACUGGUUCAUCCGACCUUUGGGUUUUUUCGAGCCACACGCCGGCCUCCCAGGUCCGUGGUCAGCAGAUAUAUUCGCCAGACAAGUCCACGACAUCCAAGCUGCUCGACGGGCACACGUGGAGCAUCAGAUACGGCGACGGGUCCGGGUCCCGCGGCAACGUGUAUACCGAUAACUUCGCUAUUGGCGGCAUCAUGGUGGAAACCCAGGCGGUCGAGACUGCCGAGGAAGUGUCGUCGAGCUUCACCACUGAGGACAACAUUGAUGGGCUCGUGGGACUUGGAUUCAGCACCCUGAACACGGUCAGUCCCGAGGGUCAAUUGACCUUCUUCGACAACGCCAAGCCGAAGCUGGAUGCCCCGGUGUUCACGGCCGAUCUGAAGUACAUGAAAGAGGGCACGUACGAUUUUGGGUUUAUCGACGAGAGCAAGUACACGGGCGAGAUCACCUACGUGCCCGUCGACACAGACCCAGGCUACUGGACCUUCACAUCGUCCGGCUAUGGCGUGGGGUCGGGAACCUUCAGCUCGUCCCCGAUCACGGGCAUCGCCGACACGGGCACCUCGCUCGUGUACUUGCCGACGGCCAUUGUCACAGCCUACUACCGCCAGGUGGAGGGGGCGACCAACAGCCGGAGCUACGGCGGGUAUGUGUUCCCCUGCAACUCGACGCUGCCGCCCUUCGUCUUCGGCAUCGGUGAAGCCAAGUUCACAAUCCCCCCGUCGUACAUGAGCUAUGCGGCCGUGACCGACGGGUCGCCCACAUGCUUCGGCGGGCUCCAGAGCAGCAGUGGGAUCGGUAUCAAUAUCUGGGGUGAUGUCGCCCUAAAGGCCGCGUUUGUCGUGUUCAACGGCGAGGAGCCGCCGACCAUUGGGUGGGCGAACAAGCCUCUGGAAGAGUGAUGUGCCUGAUAACGAUGAGCGCAGCGAUGGGCGUGCAUCCCAGAAUGGUGUGAUGAGUGGGGUAGGUGUUCCUGCUUAGGGUUCAAGGUCGAUGACGUGACAGGGCGUAUAGGUUUUGGGGAGGU